UUCACGAUCUGAAACAUUCGCGAGUUCGUACCCCGUGCCGAAAGGUCUGUGCUAAAGCUGAAGCUAGAUAACCCACGCGGAAGUCGAGCAAUUACCGAUUCGUUUAAGAGUUCACUAAGAAAACUAAAGUAAAAAUGCCCCAGCUGCAGAAGCCCGCUCCCGAAUUCUCCGGCACCGCCGUCGUCAACGGCGUGUUCAAGGACAUCAAGCUGAGCGACUACAAGGGCAAGUACCUGGUGCUGUUCUUCUACCCCCUGGACUUCACCUUCGUGUGCCCCACCGAGAUCAUCGCCUUCUCGGAGAGCGCGGCCGAGUUCCGCAAGAUCAACUGCGAGGUGAUCGGCUGCUCCACGGACAGCCAGUUCACCCAUUUGGCCUGGAUCAACACGCCCAGGAAGCAGGGCGGUCUGGGCAGCAUGGACAUCCCCCUGCUGGCCGACAAGUCGAUGAAGGUGGCCCGUGACUACGGUGUGCUCGACGAGGAGACCGGCAUCCCGUUCCGCGGCCUGUUCAUCAUCGAUGACAAGCAGAACUUGCGCCAGAUUACGGUCAACGAUCUGCCCGUGGGUCGCAGCGUAGAGGAGACCCUCCGCCUGGUGCAGGCCUUCCAGUACACCGACAAGUACGGCGAGGUCUGCCCGGCCAACUGGAAGCCCGGCCAGAAGACCAUGGUGGCCGAUCCCACCAAGUCCAAGGAGUACUUCGAGACCACCUCCUAAAGAGGCUAUCAUCCGAUUGCCAUCGGCGGGGCGGGGGCUGCUCCUGGCGAGCGGGAGCUGAUUCGAAUCGCAACCCCCCGCCCAUGCAGAUACAUACUAUAUAUAUCCUACAUAUUAACCCUAGAGCGUAGUGAGAAGAAACUGUGAAGCCCCUUUCCCUGCAUCAAAAACGGAAAAAGGAGAACACCUGCAGCAGCUAUGUAAGCGGAAAGUGAUUGUUUUUUGUGUGCUUUUUUUUUGUAAUUCACCACAAUAAAUGAUUGUACGGAAAAGAAAACGGA